UGCAAACAGUUGGCAACGUCUGCGCAUUGUGCACUUCAGCAUGCACUGACCCCGCCCUAUAAUUUUGUAGUUACAGUUGCUGCUGUUCCCAGUUGCUUCCACUUUGCUAUAAUACCACUAACAGUUGACUGUGAAAUAUUUAGUAUCAAGGACAUUUCAUGGAUGGACUUAUUGCACAGGUGGCAUCCUAUCACAGUACCACGUUUGAAUUCACUGAGCUCCUGAGAGGGACCCAUUCUUUCACAAAUGUUUGUAGAAGCAGCCUGCAUGCUUAGGUGCUUGAUUUUAAAACACCUGUGGCCAUGGAGGUGAUUGGAACACCUGAAUCCAAUGAUUUGGAUGGGUGUACCAAUCUUUUUGGCAAUAUAGUGUAAAUACAUAUAUUGCAUAUACGUAUAGCCUACACACAUGUUUGCAUUUGGG